CUAUCAUAUGCCCUAGUCUCCACUGUUUAUGUCAUUAUAGUUAUUAUCUUGCUUGCUUUGCAUCCUCAUUCAUCAAGUCCACAGACGACACCUACUGGCUCCCUUAGCAAUCUCCAUACCGCCAAGUCAUCACAGCUUCGUGAUGCGGUCGACUAUCCACAGGUGGAUUGGCACAAGCAAGAGGCAAAAGCUGGCGCCGGUAUUUCCUACACUUCACCAAUGGCCACCAUUCCUUUCACAUCUACAUCAGCUGCAGUACCAACUACAGCCACCACUCCUAAUGCUCAGGUUCCCGAUGCUUCAAGUGCAACUGAAUCAGUCUCACCUGCUAAAAUAGUUAGUGAAAAGAUUGCCGAGAUGCAACUGGAUGCUGAUUGA